CGAUGACGUGAUGCCGAACCGCUCGGGGUCAUGACCCCAGAGCAAUGUUUAGGGAAAAGGCGGCGGGAGAUGGAGGAACUUGGAGACUACAAUGGCAAACAGAGUGCAGGAGGAUGAGUUUGUACGAUGUUUGGCCAAGCUGCUGCGAAGCCACGGUGACUCUGUACUGAAUGGGACAAGUACUCUGUCGCUGUUAACUGCUGGCCUCCAGCUCCUCCACAAUCUCUUUGAGCAGCACCUCCUGCCACGCAAGUACCAGCAUGGGUUCAUCGCACUGCCCUCCCACCCUUCUGAUACUGCCUCUGUCCUUGAGGUGCAGUUUCUUUUCGAUGUUCUACAGAAAACCGUCUCGUUGAAGUUGGUACAUCCCCCAGGUCCCAAACUCCAGACAUCCGUGAAGAUCAUGGCUUUUAAAUCUCUCAGAUUUUUAGAGUUGAAGCGGGUACCUCCUCACUGUUUGGAAGGGCUCCGGUCUGUCUACACACGACUCGAGAUCCUUGUCUGUUCAAGCUGCAUCAACACAAUUGAGGAAAUUAUCUCAGUCUGCGGUGGGGACCUGAGCUCUGCUCUCCCCUGGCUUGAUUUGCACACGCUUAAUUUCAGCAACAACUUCAUCACCUCCCUGGACAGCUCACUGUCCCUACUCAGUGUGCUACGGAUUCUGGACCUGAGUCAUAACCGAAUCCAGGACUGUGCGGAGCAUCUCAAGCCCCUAUCGGAACUGGAAUAUGUUAACUUGAGCUACAAUCUUCUGGAGAGAGUGCCCAUCUUCAGCUCCUGCUCUCGAGUUCAGCUGACCACUUUGCUCUUGCGCAAUAACAGUUUGGAGAACAUUAAUGGAGUCGAGCACUUAUCACAUUUGAAACACCUGGAUCUGGCGUACAACAUAAUUUCGGAGCAUGCACAGCUUGCUCCUCUGUCCCAGCUACACAGCCUAAAGGAGCUUUUCCUUCAAGGGAACCCCGUAUGUUACCAAAAACGGCAUCGACCCUGCACUAUCCAUCACCUUUCACCCAAAGCAGCCUUCAUGCGACUGAUUUUGGAUGGAGACCCAUUGACUAUGGCAGAGCUGACAUACCUACCAAAGACUGGCCGGCUGAUAGGGCAGUCAAUGCGCCACUCAUCCCGGAAUAGCACGCUCAGGAGUGUUCUGGAAUCCUCGCUGAACAGUAACUGCAGUGAAUGUAUAUACCCAUCAGACAGUAGUGCCAGGCCAAUCACCCGCAAAAAGAGUAAAAUCAAGGUGCGGACUGCCAGUAUCUCAGAGCCAAGUGAUAGUGACAAGGACACUCGGAAUACUCCAGUCACGUCACAUAUUGUCUUGCAACACCAAGAGGAUAUCAAAAGGAUGGAUGAGCUCCGUGGCCAGAUCGGAGAUGAUUGGCUGCGUUAUCAGCAUCACCUGAACAGCCCCAAGGAGGAGCGAACAGACAACUCUGAGAUGCCCAAUGCCCCUGGCAAGGAUGAAGCUGACAGCUCCUCCAGCAUCUUCCAUCACAGCAAUAGCCUGGACAUUGCCUCUGAGGAUUCAGGAGACCCUGCCAGGGGUGACGAGACCACUCUGCUAGCCCUGGGCAGCAGCAUCCAGGACGAACAUGCCUCCAGCUACCUCACUCCCGAUGAAGGGGCUUAUUUGAAUAAUUCUGUGUCACUAGUGGAGACACAGGAAGAAGAGGAAGAGGAGAAGGAGGAGACAGUGAGAGAUAUCUGCCAGCCCUUCAUUGUUGGCCGGUUGGUGGAGGAGGAGCCUGAGUUGGAAAGCAGCUGGAUGUUCCUGCGAGUGACAGAGGACCAGCUCCUGGAGGUGGAUCUAAUGAAUGCAGACGUCCUGGAGAAACUGGAGCUGAGCAGCCUGACAGCCAUCCACAGCUCCGAGGAGUUCUGGGAGGAAAAUAAUUCUGAGUCUUGCCUUUCUCGGCAGAGCAGAGGACAGGCUCUCCCAGCAGUGGAGUGCUGCUUCAGUUACAUUCGCAGGGACAAACGCAAAAGGAAAUAUGUGAUCCUAGACAAGAAUCCCCAGGAUGCCUCUGAGAUGCUGGUUAAGAUCCUGAGUGAUGCGCUGGAAGCCAACCAGAGAGCAAUGCGGGAGCAUUUCCCCAAACUCCAGUGCUUGAAGUGCCAGCAUGAGUUCACGGUGUGCCCACAGGAGCGGGAUGCUGCUCAAUGCCUGUCGAAGCAAUCAGAUGUUGGACAAGCAGAUGACCCAGAUUACCUGCAGAUUGAGAGUCCAAAGGUGCCUCCAGCCUGCCCCAAGUGCGCGAGUGAGAUUGUGAUCAUUGUACCGUCCGGGAUAGAAACACGCACCAGCACACCCAUCCACACAGAGGAAGAAGCUGUCAAAGUGGACGUCCUGAAGAUCGCCUUCACAGGUGACAGUGCCACUGGGAGCCUGAAGAGUAUUGAAUCUCCGAGCAGACUGAGUCUGGAUGCUGGACCUGGAGUCCUGGGAGAUGGUGCCACUGGCAUGUUGGGUAUGGACCCAGAGAUCUACUCCUUCGCUGCAGGCAAAAGCGCCAGUUUCUACUUGGAAUGUGACCAGAGCUGCUGCAGCAGCGUGAAGGACGGCAGUCGGGUUUCUGACACCUCCUCAGGUGAUGUGGAUCCCAGCCUGGGGGUGCUAGUCCCGUCCGCGCACAAGGCCCCCCAGGUUGGCUGCAGUCCUGGUGUGUACGGUGGUACUGCUAACCAGAGGGGGAGCAUCGAUUCACGCACCGACAGCCUGACCUGGAGCUACUGCUAUGGCACUCCUGUGGGUUCUGCACUGAUGCCCAGCUCACCACUCUGUGAAUCUGGGGACAGUCACGCUACAACCAGCAAAGAAGCUGAAUUCAACCUGUCUGUCGAAGAUUUUCAAACCAUUGACCACAGGCUGAAGCUGUUCCUUGACGUUGAGAUUUUCAGUGAAGAUAAGGAGGAGUAUCAGUGCUUUGUCAAGGCAUCUACAGUGAAAUAUGGAGACCCUCAGGAGUACCCGUCUUUGCUGAUCAUGUCGAAUUUCAAUGUCUACAUCUUGGAAAUCACUAGACCCCUCAGUGACCAGCCAGCCACCUGGCUCAGGAAGCGCGAGGUGCAUCCCAUACUGAGCCUAGUGCACAUACAGGUGGGCCUUCGUACCCAGAGCAUUGGCAUGGAGUUUGACAGCUCAGGGGCAUCCUACAUGCUGCUGAUUCGAAAUCCUUCCAAGUGCAAGAGCUUCAUGCAGUUUUUCACAGACAUGGUACGGGAACUAAUUCCAAGAUCAAUCAGUCAACUGGAAUCCAUCUGCUUCACCCGCAUGGACCCACAGCACAAACUCUGGCCCCUUGUGUGUGAGCAUCUGGCUGCUGACUCACUGGAGUACCAGUGCCCUGAUUACCUGUAUGCGCUGGCAUUCCUUCUUCAAGAUGGUGAUCUUUCUCCUGUGAGUGUGGUUGCUACCUCAACCACCAUCUACUUGUUGGUGGAGGAUCAUCAGUGGAAGAAAGUGAUGGGCGAGAUGGACAAUCCUUUGCCUCAUGAGGUUCCAAUGAAAGAGAGCCAAGCCAUCAGUGAUAUCAGCUCAGUCAGCCUCUAUCAAUCUGCUCCACAUGACAUCCAGCUCCGGUUCUACCAUGAGGUAAGCCGCACUGAAAGCACCUGGCAUCUGCGGACCGAGUGUGUGGAGCUGGUGAAGGCAAUGGUGGACUGGGUCCAGGAGCCGUGGAGGGAGAUGUUUGGGGUACCAUUGAAUAUCACUGUCCACCAAACACUGGACUAGACUGAGAGAUGGAAAUGUGUUAAGCCCAAGGUGCUUGUGGAUCGAAGGAGUCCAUGAGAGAGUGUGGUUUUCAUGAGGUGACCAGAGGUUGAUCCCUCCUGGUGGGAAGGACUUGUAUUUAAACUUUACAAAGGGAAUGUUGCAGUUCCCGGAUUGAUAACUGUGAUCAUGCCUCAAGUUGAAUAUUUGCCUGUGCCCCACUUUUUUUUCUCCCUGUCUCUCUGUCUCUCUCUCUCUGUCUCUUUUUGUGCGUUGCCUUUUAUACAAGAGUUUUUAUUUAAUCUUAAGUUUUUCAUCCUGCUGAUAGUGGGCCAGGUCUCUGGGCUUAGCCAAUCUCACCUCGUCUCCCCUGGCCCUCUGUCAAUAAGAGGGUAUGGUCCCAAACUAAUAGUGGACAAAAGUCUCAUUUUCUGCUUUCCUGCUCCUGUUUGAGGGGGCAGCUGAUGAGAGUAAUUGAAGUCUCUGUAGGCAUUCAAACUCAUGAACUGAUUGAAGAGCAGGGAGGGAGUUUGGGGUUUAUUGGCAUGCUGUGUUGCAUUUGCUUGGAUUUUUGCACCUUGACCUCACUCACUAGGUCGUGGUAACCAUUGACUUAACCAGUGAACACUAUUGGGUUGCUGCUCUGGUUUCAGGGAGACAUUGCUGAACCAGUUGCUCUCCCCACUGCACACACCCGAUGUGCUCUGUUCAUUAUCAUUGGAUCAUGCUGCCUUCCCCCUGUCCCCACGAGUACUUGUCUCCCAUGAGCCAUUUCCUACUGCCACAGAACUUCCUUGUUAUCCAUCUUUGGAAGAACCCAGUGAAUUCCUGAAGUAUUUCCCCCUCAGCUUUUUGUCACUCCAAGUUACACAGUGCCCCCCUUUCCAGUCCCAGGUGGGUCAUGAGUAGAGUGACCAUCUCCACUUGCCCACUGGGUGGGGUCAGGUGAGGCUGUGAGGGGGAUGGGAUAGUCAUUGGCAAACCAGGAAAACAUUUGUUCCAACAUGAUUUCCAAUACUUAGUUCUAGCACCAUUAUAGCUUCUGCCCUCUCACGGUAGCUAUUCUGCUUCUUGCAGUCCUCUUUGUGUCCAAUGUUGUAUGAAUCAGGUGUGUGUUCACCUUGUACUUGGAGAUUCCUUCAAGACAAAACAAGUAUCUAAGUUGAAGCAUUGUGGCAAAUGAUAGUCCAGGAGGCCAAGGCAGGGUUUGACUAUUAAGCCCUGCUGAUCCCCAUCGGAAUGAAGGGAAUACAGAUUUCACAGCUCAGGAUUAGGUGGGGACACAAUCUCUGCAAGGUGGGGUUAAUUCACAUUUCUUCUCUGGACUCCAGGAAGAUGGGCAACUGCUCCUGGGCACUGAGGGUUCCAUUCCCUGAGGUUUAGAUACACGUCCACCCUCACAUACCUCUGAAGGAAGCAUCAGGGUAAAUCUAUCUCCUCAACUGGAUUCACUCCUCCACUUUUCCACUGUCUUUUAUCAGGCCCUGUGUCAUCAAAGCUGCCCCCAGGUGCAGUUUGAAGCGACAUGUAUUCUCCCUGUUUUUUCUUCAGAGCACUUCCCAGCUCCCUGAUCAGUGAUCAGUUUCCUGGGUGGAUUAGUUGCUGCACCGGAUGCUAUCCUUAUUGUCUCUUCUACCGGAUCCAGUACAUGAUAAUGGGGAGGCAGGCACAUGUUUCCUGAAGUCAGCUUAUAUUGGUGAGACAGCUGUAUGGUUGCUGCCAGCUGUUUGCAUUGAGUAGCUCAUCCUUUUUAUUAGACAUUGCAGACACCUCUGUUCUGUCCCUUCGUUUAACCCACAUAUGGUGAGGCUGUUGCCAGUGAGCAUGUUUGUGGUUCUGUCGUUGUUCGAUCAUUUUGUUCUUUGUCUUCCAACCCCCACACCCCCUCAUGCCCAUACGGUUGACCACUCAUCAUCGCCCCCAAGGCUUGGACAUUUGUCUAUGCUGUUUAGAGCAUUGACCAAGAUGCCUGAGAGAUCAGAGGGACUGAAGAGCCCUUGUCUCACCCCACACACACAAGCACACACUCUCUGAUCUAUUCAGAGAGCUUAACGCACAUGAUAAUCACUGUCACUGAUUGGCGAUCACAAGGGAACGGGGGUCCAACUGUUCCUUGAUUCACUGACUGAGGUUCCAUGGAGGUACAUGUACUGAACUGCUGGAGAUUGUAGACAGACUUGUUUGGAUGAAUGCUACUCAUUGCACCUACCCCAUCAGAUAAGGCCAUAUCUUCUUCACAGGAAGAAUUUUAGACAACCUAUUUUGUUUUUUAACGUCUGCUAUUUGCAUUGAAGUAAGUGGAUGUAAGUGCACUCAUACUGGGUGUGACACUGAGAAUUUGUACAGUAGACCAAGCAUGUUUGGACUCUUGCACUGAAGCCAGGAAUGUAUUUAUCUUUAAAAGUAGAUCUGCUAUAUGCACUGUGAUUGUUUAAGUUGCCUAUCCUGUAUUUUUGAUAACUUUGAAAAUAAAUUUCAAUGUGAAGCUGA